GGGGAAUUUAAUUUAACGCGUCCUUCCUGCGCGUCUCUGCUGGUAACACCACCAAGUCUGCUAUUUGGGUACCUAUCAUAUACUAGGGUAUUCGAAUGGAGGGUUAUGAGCCACGGAUCAAUAGUGCGAUGAUGGGGAAGUUCUUAGGGAAGACCGUGCGACUUCCCGGAAGAGUUAUCAAACAUCAAGACGAACUUCUGAGGGUACAGGCAACUGACCUUGGUGAAGUCGAGGUCAAGCUUAUCCGGGAUACAAAACUACCAGACACGUACGUCGAAGUCAUCGGAACGGUUCUAUCAGACACCACCAUAAAGAUGAAAUUCAUCUCGGACAUGGGAGACAAAAUCAAUAUGGAAAUGGUCAAUGGCCUAAUAGAAGCCUCGUUCCAGCAUCCUCAAAUCUUUCAUGGGUCCAAUUACAAACACUGAUACUCCAGUCUAUGGAAAAUGCGUCCCCUUCCUCUGCCUCAGCUUCUACUUCGGCGAUUUCAACCCACCCAUACGACGUCCCAAUUGGUAUUUAUUAUAUCUCUUAAAUUUCUGAUUCGAAGCCAUGUACAUAAGCUUAGCGCCGGGACGAUGAAUAUGGAUAUGUAUACAUAUCGCCAAACGGCAAUAUCCGUUUCCUGAGAAUAAU